UCUAACAUUUUGAAUAAAGCACUCGUACAAUUAAAAAAUACGAUAGGUGGUGGGGGCUUUCAAUUGAACCAGUUGGGCAGAAAUAUUGAACAGAGAUCUGUGCUUACGAAUCGUGUGCUUAUUUCGUUUUUACGUGGAAUUAGCUCUGGUAAAAAAAGUAAAAAAAUGUCCAAAUAUACGAUUGUAAUGGUACGUCAUGGAGAAAGUGAAUGGAAUAAAUUGAAUUUAUUUUGUGGAUGGUAUGAUUCCCAUUUAUCCGAUAAAGGUAAGAUUGAAGCAAUUUCAGCAGGAAAAGCAAUCAGAGACGCAAAAUUCACUUUUGAUAUUGCUCAUACAUCAUUAUUAUCAAGGGCUCAAGAUACUCUUAAAGCAAUUCUUAAAGAAAUAGGACAAGAAAACAUUACUGUUCAAAAGACAUGGCGAUUAAAUGAACGUCAUUAUGGAGGUUUGACUGGUUUAAAUAAAGCUGAAACUGCUGCUAAAUAUGGUGAAGAACAAGUUCAAAUUUGGAGAAGAUCUUUUGAUACACCUCCUCCACCUAUGGAACCAGAUCAUAAAUAUUAUGAAAUAAUAGUAAAUGAUCCUAGAUAUGCAAAUGAUCCAAAACCAGAGGAAUUUCCUAAAUUUGAGUCUCUCAAAUUAACAAUUGAAAGGACAUUACCAUAUUGGAAUAAUACUAUUAUUCCUCAAUUAAAAGAAGGGAAAAGAAUUAUCAUAGCUGCUCAUGGAAAUAGUUUGCGUGGCAUAGUUAAACAUUUAGAUGAAAUGAGUAACGAUGAAAUCAUGAAAUUAAAUUUACCAACUGGUAUUCCAUUUGUUUAUGAAUUAGAUGAAAAUUUCAAGCCUGUUGUAUCUAUGAAAUUCUUAGGCGAUGAAGAAACUGUAAAAGCUGCAAUGGCUGCAGUUGCUGCACAAGCAAAAGUUAAAUAAAAUUAAAGGAAAAUUAAAAAUUCCUAUUAUUAUUAUUGUUUAUUACUAUAAACAAAAGAUGUUUUUCUAGAGAUGUGUUUCAUUAUUAUUGAAAAAUUAUUUUAUUGUUACAAGAUAUAAUAUGUAUGCAGAAGAUAUAAAAGAGAAGAAAAUGAGAAAAUAGUACAUAACUAUUAUAUUUUCAAGCUUCUACAUAUUGUAAUUUAUAUCAUUAAUUAUUCAUUAAUUGUUCAUUAUUUAUAUAAUUAUUUAUGAAAGAUCAUUAUGAAAUAUAAAUUUAAAAUUAUUAAAAUGCA